AUGCAGGGUGGACUGGCUAAGGAACAGCAAGGAAAUUAUAUCAUAACAGUAUGGAAUGCUAUUGAUCAAUCCAAUUUGAAACAAAUUUGUACAGAACUUGUUAAAUGCUGCAGCAUGAAUCAAUCUGAUGUUUUACUCGCCUUUGAGAACUUGAAACUUGAAUCUGAAUUUCAAUUUAACAAAGCAAGAAUAAUAAUGACAGAGGAGCAGAAAUGUGAUAUGAAGAGGUGUCUGUUGGCCAACAAUGCUUCCUCCUCUAAUCCUUUCAUUCCAUUCAAAAAACUUUCAUUCAGAGAUGCCGACUGUAUCUCAUCAUCAUCAUCAUUUCGCGGCCGUCUACCUAAGAAUGAAGCUGACCGCGAUGAGGAAGAAGAAGAGGAUGACCAUUACCAUUAUAACCGUACUGGCAUGAAGUUUGAUUAUAAGAAACGACAUAACAUAUAUAAGAGAUCGGGCAGUGGUGACGACCAUCCCUGCAGUCCACGAGCUCUGCUUGAAAGAAUGUUGCGUCAUGCAUAUUAUAAGACAAAUGAAAGGACCUCAAGCGAAAAAGACAUUGACGAUGAUGAUGUUGAUGGUGAUCAGAAGGUUUGUGAUGGAGCUGAAGACAGCGGCAAAGAUGGAAAUGAUGGAAAGCAAGCAACCUCCCCGCCGUCCACCAACUCCAACAACACUCUUGAGAGGAAGCGCAAGAGUUCCAAUGAAAAAUUCAAAGAUGAUGACAUGGAUGCGAGUGUUGCCGACGAUGAUGAUGAUAUGUUUAAUAAUGAAAUAAAAAAGAAAUGCUUGGAGAGAAGACGUGAUAAUGAUGUUUGUGAUGACGUCAUCAUGAACGAUCACGGAGACGUUGAUGUUGAUCACAAUGACGUCAUGGAGGAUGAUAUUGGUGCUGCAUCUGACCACAACAUCACAGAUGAUUCGCAAAUGAAGGAUCAGCAGAAAUGCCAGCCUGAUGGCUCUCCUAACAAUAUUUACAACGAAGAAAACACGGAGGCUUCGAAAAAUCAAAAUAAGACACCUGACUCCAAUGAUAUCACAAAUGACAAUUUGGUAUCAAAUUUUGCCACCAAGCAAAACGCUUCCAGCAACUCUCCAGUCAUCACAGAAUCUUUGAACAACAAACCGCCUCAAACCACUCAAUCAUUUGACUCAGACAUGCCCAGUCUCGAUGAAUCAAGUUUUUGGAUGGAUGGGGUUGUAGUCACUCCUACUACCGCCUCAUCUGUCGGGGUCACUUCACUUUCUCCCUCCCCUCCUGAUCUCAAAAAGGAAAAUCCCAACUCUGAACAUUCAGUUAUUAAAUACGAUGCUGGCGUGGAACUAAGUGUCAGAAGCGACCAGUCGGAGUUAGAUGUCGGCGGUCCGACUGCAUAUUCUCCAAUCAAAAAUCAAAACUAUUUUCCUAACAGCGUAAGAAACACGUUGCAAGAAAUGGAAGAUGAGCAAUGGUCAAAUUCUGUAAAAAACAAUUCAGAAGACGACGAUUGCACCGUUGUGGCUGUGGAACGAGCGGCUGGCAGUGUUUCAGAGACAUCUUUAAAAUGUGCAUCUCACGCAAUUCAACCGUCUCAUGUAUCGUCUUGUCAGAGAAAUGACCACACCGUUGUCGAUAGGAACAGUUUCAGUUAUCCUUAUUCUCCUCAGCAGCAGGAACCGCAACUUCCCAUUUUGCCCUUCCCCGUUUACCGAAAUAUCAUCAAUGACAACAGCCAUCCUGUCGGUGACGCUAUGAUGAAUCGUCACCUUCAUAAUUUACAACAACCACAAAAAGCCGUAUACAAACAUCAAAAUGUACAUGCGUCAUCACAAGAGUACUGCUCUAAUGAUGCAUAUAUGAAAAAAACUAAUUACUCUCCUGAAGAUGUUGUUAAUGCAAGACCUUUGGACAGCACUAACUUCAGUCGGCAGUGUCAAAGUGUGGCUCCUUCGGUCGGUGGUGCCAUCCAGAAAUCUAACAGAGCCAAAAAAUCUUCCAAGACUAUGAAUGAAAUAAAUGCAAAUGAUAUUGCCAAGAAUUCUGGCAGCAUCGGUCAAGAAAGAUGUAGCUCUGUUUUUAGCGAUGUCCACACAGGCAGCCAAUACGAUAAUCAAACGAUAUUCAACGGCAACCAAAUGAUGACCCAACACCAGUUAGCCAAUAACGAAGUUGGUCAUCAUUCGAGGUCUGCCAUUUAUCACGAUCUCAUGAACCACAACCGGCCCGCAACACGCUGUGGACUUGAAACGACAACAUUCUCCCAGCAUCAACAAUUUACCUCUUCGAAUUUUCCCAGUGGAAUGUCGCAAAGUCAGCGUUUGUUGCAUUUAAACAACAACAACCACCACAACAACAACCACAACAGCACCAGCAGCAACAACAACAACACCAACAACAAAAGUAACAUUAGUGGUUCAUUAUUAUACUUAAACAACGCUAGCAACAGUAACAACAACAACGUCAUCAACAACCCUAACAGUCAAAAUAUCUCGCAAAUGGAAUGCAUGAUAAGCAACAAUAACAAACAACACGAUCUCCUGUUGCAGCAACAACGUCAGCAACAAGCAGCCUAUUUAAACCCAGCUGCUUAUUUUGCCAAACUCCACCAGUUCCAUUCGGAGUUUACCCACCCUUUGCAGUACUCGUCCUUUUUCACGCACAGCACCUCGCCUUCCCCCAUCGACAUGACUCUUCAUCUUCCUGCACCCAGACCCACCAACAUCGGCGCACGCAAAAACGCCUCAUCCAGUUUGUCACUGCAACAACAGCACCAACAGCACCAACAGCACCAGCACACUCGCGAAUCCAUGAUGUCCAACAUUGAUGUACUCCCGCCGUACAAAGUUGCUAACUUCAAUCCUUACGCUGGCGGAUCUGUCGUCGUGGAUCCACGCAACCUCAUCCAGAGGGCCAAUCCAGCUGCCAUCUUCAACCAACAACAAAAUGUCGCCUCAUCAAUGUUGCCAGACAGUCUCAACAAUAACAACAACAAUAAUAAUCAUAAUAAUCACAAUAAUAACAACAAACAAUCGGAUUUGCAACAACAAUCAAAUUAUUCUAGCUAUUCAAACGGAUCUAGACCGAUUAAAUCGUUAGCAUUCGCAUUCACUUUUGGCUUUGAUGUUGUGUACAGAUACAGAUCCACGGCAGAGUACGAUGCUUGAUUUUGAUGAAUCGUGAUUUCGAAUGUUAAUGUGCCAUUUUAGUUUUCAUUUCAACAUUUUGUAAUAAAAGAAACAGCCAUUUCGUUAGUUCAUAUACGGGCCCAGGCGUGUAAAUAGACGAAAAAUGGUUAUAUCUUCACAAAUAUGUAUGUGCAUUUUUGUGAGAAUAGAGAGAGAAAGAGAGGAGAGCGGGAGAGAGAUCAGAGAAAUUCAAUGACUUGUUUAAAAACUCUUGAAAUUUUCUGCAGAAGAUAAACAUGUUAGCUAUUUGUAACGUGUUUUCGUAUGCCCACUUAGAAUACAACUGUAUAUUUAUUUUAUAACUUUGAUUUGAAAAUAUUAUCGUUGAUAUGAAUUUUUUACAAGGUUUUCAAUCAUGAAUAAACUGUUAUGAACCUCAUAACUGGAAUUUUUUUUGUUUUUUUCAAUUACAGUUGUUCAUGUUAUGUUAUAUGCAAUCUCAGUUUAUAUUUAAACUACUAUUUAAGGACUUGCACGUAGCGUUUAAUUAAUAAUUUAAAUCUUAAUACAAAAUGCACUUUUUAUUUGAUAUAAGAUUUGUUUUAUUUUAAGUGUGGCCCUAUUUUUUAAGAUUUAUUUCUGAAAUAUAAUUGACGCAAUAAUUUGAACGUUGUAAUAUAUAUUUAGUACUCAAAUGGUAAGGAUUGGACAGAUUGUCAAAUUUAUUUUAAUGUGUAACACAGAUGUUAAAUAGGUUCGAUUAUUAAAAAUUAUUUUUAAAUAAUGCGAAUAUAUUGGGUAUUAAGCAGUUGUGCAUUGAAGUAUUAUAUGUAAAUGAUGACUAAUUGGUGAAAGCAAGCUGGUAGUACCACUUCCCAUUAACAAAUAUUUGUAUGAAAGCAAGUGGUCAAGUCUCAUUUUUAAGCUUUAGUUGCGCAUCGAACAGAUGUUACCAUGAAAUGUAAAUCUAGUAAAGUAAGAUAUUUAUAAUAGUAAGAAUUUUAUUAAUUUGCUCUUUGGCUCAUUUCAUUAUUAGUUGUGAAACUCAUCCAAAAGCAUUUUGAAUCAAAGACUGAUAUUUUAGAUUUAUAAAAAGACUAUGAAUUUUUUAAUCUAAUUUUUUAAAAAUUAACUGCUAAUAAAAGAUUUCUUCUGA